AUGAAAGAUGGCAGCACUACGCAGAGUCUUUGGGACAACGGCCAAACGAAAGAAUGGAUCACCGCGGAUACGCCAUCGCCAGUGUUCCUGGAGAUCCCGUUUUCCUCAUCCGAGCGUGUGCGGCGCUUCGAGUUGGAGCUCAUAGAGCAUCUCGAGAAACACCACCCGGUGAUCCACAUGCUCGGAGGUCUUCCGCCGUCAGAGACCAGCGUCCUCUAUCCUGACAUCACGCCAGAGGCAAUCCUCGAGCACCUUACCGUUCAGGCCCUAAUCCAUAUUUCCGUAGAGGAGCCGCUGCCUUUCCUGGUCGAUGUUCUACCGCUGUUCAAGAACGCCAAAACCUACCAAGACUGGCUGGGUCUGAUGAGGGAUGCUUGCGCACGAAUACCCAAGAUGUCGAUUAUUGUCGACCUUUCUAUCCUCCUCCCACCCUUCGAUGAGCGUAGCAAGAGGUUGUCGGCGGAUAUUUCUGGCAUAUCCAAAGAUCUUUGGGAGGGCCCGUCUCCGCGAUUCUGUCAAGUAAUGCUGUCGGUGCCAAAAGCAGACGCCGUUUGCGCCCUCUUCGACAAACAACUCGACGACAUCGACGACGCCAAAAUGCGGGCCCCGGGAGACAGCAAUGCAUACACGUUCGGCCUCAUAGGUCGACACCUCGUCGUGCUCAUCCAUAUGCCUGGCAUGGGCAAGAUCAACGGCGCGAUCGUGGCCGCGAAGAGCCAGAGCAGCUUUCCCAACAUUAAGCUGGCACUCGUGGUUGGCAUCUGCGGCGGUGUGCCCUUCUAUGAUAAGGGCAAGAGAGAAAUAAUCCUGGGGGACAUCAUUGUUAGUCAAGGUCUCAUUGCGUACGACUAUGGACGAAGAUUUCCGAACGAGUUCGUCUCGAAAAGCUCGCCGGAUGACGUCUUCGCAAGACCUCCCGUCGAAAUCAGAUCGCUUCUCGGCAAGCUCAAGUCCCAGUCCGGUCUUCGGAGGUUACAAGAGAGGACAUGUCAAUAUCUGCAAGCCUUGAAGCUACACUCAGACUGCCGGGCAGAGUACCCGGGUGCGGGUGAAGAUCAGCUGUUUAACGGGAAAUAUGUGCACAAGCAUCGAGCGCCUGAAACUUGCGACAUCUGCGCCGGUUCCACCGGCGUGGCUGGCGAUGUCUGCGAGGAAGCCAGAGGCUCCUCUUGCGACGAUGUUUCUUGUGAUAAGGGCAUGUUAGUACCCCGGCAAAGACUUGAGGCCAUCUUGCAAGGAACAGAGGCCCCUGUGCCCAUGAUUCACUUCGGGCUUAUUGCGUGUGGAGACCAGGUCAUGAAAUCUGGCGUACAUCGUGAUAAGGUUGCCAAGGACAAGGAUGUGAUCGCAUUCGAGAUGGAGGGCGCGGGCGUUUGGGACAUCUUUCCUUGCGUCGUGUUGAAGGCUGUUUGCGACUAUGCCGACAGCCACAAGCAUAAGAAAUGGCAGAGCUACGCGGCCGCAACGGCUGCUGCUUGUGCAAAGGCGUUUCUAAAGGAGUGGCAUAUGUAG